CCUUUCUAGUUGAGAAGGGCUGCAUCCAAAAGACUCCACAAAAAAGCACCUCCGCAGAAGAUUAGAACUGGAAUUUGGGGAAUCUUUGCAUUUUUUCACUCUAUGCAACAGGGUGUAUGUCAGGCCACAAAACCUUUCCAUAGACUCAAUUGCAACAGAUUUCCUGAUUCUUCAAAAUAAAUUUGAAGCAUACAUGAAAAGCAAAGAUACUGAACAUCUGCUCAUGAAGGUAGCUCUGCUCCUGAGAGAAGAUAUCAAAUGUUCUACCAAUGAGCAAUCUUGGCCACCACAACCGGAUGAGCUGACAAAUGCUUACGUCAAAAUUCCUGAAAAUCUCAAGAUAUUCUUAAAUGUACUUCUUGGUCACCAGGCUUGCUGCAGUGCUUGGUAAGGAUGUGUGCAGGUCCCUAAUCGGACUCCAUGCUUGGACUGGCUGUGACACAGUUAGUUCCUUUGCUGGACAGGGGAAAGUCAAAGCGCUUGCCUUGGUACAAAAGGAAAACAAAUUUAAGGUGGCUUUUGGAGACCUCGGCCGGGAGUGGCGCGUGACAGAAGAACUGUUCGAUAUAAUUCAAGAGUUUACGUGCAGGCUUUACUGCCGCAACACCAGUGUCUCAAAGGUUAAUGCACUGAGGUAUGACAUAUUUCAGGCAAAAAAGGGUGACGUGGUUUCUGGCCAGUUACCACCAUGUGAAGAUGCACUUCGACAGCACACCUAUCGAGCUAAUUAUCAAUCCGCGAUAUGGAGAAGAUGUCUAAAAAAUCAGCCUUCUGUACCAAGCCCAACAGAUGGUCAUGGAUGGAACAUGACUGAUGGCGACAUAGCAAUUACGUGGUACACCGGAGCUGCAGCACCAAAUGCUAUUCUCGCUUUACUGGUCUGCAAGUGUUCCCGCUCCUGUGGCAGUGACUGUCCAUGUGUUCUAAAUGGCCUACAGUGCACACCUGCUUGCAAGCUACAGAACUGCAGUAAUUUGCAAGAUGAUGAUGAUGAUGACCAGGAGGAGCAAAAUCAGGAUUUGAACGACAGUGAAACUGAAGAUGAGGACUAAAACUUAAAAGACCAAAAGAAGCACAGGUUCCCAAGACACUUACAGCGGAGGACUAUACCUGGUGUCGCCGUGAGCUACUGCUAACUUAUACAUGAUUGAUAGAUGAUCUUGAUUUCAAAGCAAAGCAAAUGUAUCCACAUUUUGUUGUCACUUUUAUUUUAUGUUUUAAUUUUGAUUUUUCAGCAAGUUAUCUGGACGUUUGACUGCGAGCUACUCAUAACUUGUAUUUAUUGCUCAAAUGAUAGGUUUCAUUUUUGCUAUUUGUAAUAUACUGAUAAUGCUAUUAGAACUCAAGUAAAGUAUUGUAAAUAUAGCCUGGAAUGUGCUACAGAUGCCCAAAGGUGAAAAAUUGUCUAAUGUUGCUUUAAAAAGGAGUUAUGAAAAACUUUGCUAAGUCUAUGUUGAAAAAAUGUAGAAAAUGCCUAAUUUUUUACGUUCAUUUUUGUUUUUCUGAUCUAAUUACAAAGUAUAAUAUAGAAAAUUGUACAUGAAAA